GAUUGAAGACAAGGGUUUAAGGGUUGAGGGGUUUAAGGAUAUUUAAGAAAGAGAGGGCUUGAAACCCAGAAUUUUACACAAAUUUUUUACAGUCUUGCGGCUCCGUCCAUCUCUCAUGAUGGCGUCAUUUAGGGGAAUCAGCAAUACCUUCCUCAGAUUCUCUUCCCUAAAUCCUUACCUUCUCUCCUCACAACUCAUCUUCUGCAGAGGAAUCGCUUCUACGCUCUUCGUUAAAGGUAUAUCCUUCUCAACCACAGAAAAGACUCUAGCAGAAGCAUUUUCACAAUUUGGUGAAGUCGUUGAAGCUAAAAUAAUUAUGGACAAACGUAAGCUCAGACCAAAAGGUUUUGCCUAUGUGACCUUCACUAGAGAGGAUGAAGCUGAAAAGGCCUUGACAGAAAUGAAUGGGAAGGUGGUGGAUGGACGAACGGUUUUGGUGGACUAUGCAAUGUGAUGAGGGUAUGCCAAUAGCAAGGGGGCCUCCUGAACCAGCAAGUAACAAUUGAUCUAAACUAUUUAUUCCUUUUAUAUAAAUAUGGUAUAUCAUCUGUUGAUAUACGGUAGCAAGAAUUGAGAAUUGAGUGUAUAUAAUGUUAUUAGGGAAAUGAAAUGGUUCCAUUGUUUUUUUUUUCUAUCACCAAA